CCUAUAAACUAUGACUACGUCAUCGUCGUAGGUAAACAAGAUUUUUAACGGAAGGGAUAUUUAAACCGUGAGCUGUCAAGGAGGUCUACACAUUUGUUGGGGGCCACUGUUAAAUCAAAGUGUGGGACACUGAACUAUGCAGCAUGUAUGUCUCCAAAAGGAUCUCCAAUGCCUAUUUUGUCUGUGAAAGAAGGCCCACUUUGACCUCUGCCACAGAGACAUGCCCACACAACUUUGCUGAAAUGCUGCCCAUGGAAAUGAGCUUGAAGAUUUUUAGUGAACUGGACAUUGACAGCUUAUGUAGUGCAUUGUUGACCUGCAAACUGUGGCACCACAUCAUUGAAGACAGCGACCACCUCUGGAGGAAUCAUUGCCUGACUGUGCGAGCUUUCUGUCAACAGGAGAUUGAUGGGGACAGACAGUAUGGACUGUCAUGGAAGGUCACCCUGGUGCGGAACUACAGGAGAGGUUUUCUGAAGAGCGAAUGGUUAAGGGGACGAUACAGCAACAUUCAUUCUGCCGAUGAACUACUGGACAGGAACAUGUGCUCAUUGGAUGUUGAGACUUGGGGUGAGAUUCUGGAAGCAGAGCUGGAAAGAUAGAUGCAAAUCCCAUAAAGAGCUAUGAAUGAACCUUUUAGAUUUUCUUCUAUAAUUAUGUCUUAAGCACUUAUUGAUUUGUUUUAUACCUUUUAUACAGUUUUAUGUGGUUAUGGUUAAUAAUCACAACCUCGUAUUUCUUUUUUUGUUAUACAUUAAUAUAUGGUAGGCUAUAUUCCAGGAAAAUAACGAUACCCUUUAAUGAAUUCCUAAAUCAGUGAUACAAUUGGGCCUUCACCACACUGAAUAAAGUGGGCUAUUAAGAUGUUAAUUUGCAUCUACAGUAUAGCACUAAAGUUUAGCACUUUUACUACUUGGCAGUAUUUAUUAGCUAUUUAAACUCCUUUGGUUGACAGUGUGUAUAUGAGUUAUACUGUAUACAAUAAUACUCAUAAUGCACUGUAUCAGAUAUAUGGGGCUGGAGCACUAUAUUUUCUAUUUUAAUUAAUUUUGACAUGACUGUUCAUGUGUUCACUUCAUGUACAGCCAUGCAUAUUCAUGUGUUACUCACUGUAGGCUAUAUCACCAUGGAUCACCAUACAUUCAUUGAAAGACAUCAUUAUUUUGAUGCACAAACACAUUUGGUGUGGUGCAUAAUAUCUUCAAUAGUCUAAUUCAAUUAUUGCAGAUAGUUUAAAUAUGGCAAUUGACUUUGUCUUUAUAAUUAUGGUACUAUCUGCCACUGUAUCAAAAGCCACACCCACAAAUUAAACGGCAAUGAAACUUCGGGUUCAUUAACCAAGGUCCACUUUUUCAGCAGCAUGGACAGGGCCAAUUCAAAUCCAUUGACAGACUUUCUACGGUUUCUAACAAGAUCCAAUGUCAGCACUUCGGACAGGGAUAGCUAACAAUAUUCAAAUGAAUGGAUUCAGACAUUGAACAUUAGGAUAGUUCACCCUAGAGUGUUAAUUGUUGAUUUAUAGUUUAAUACAGUGUGUGGGCCUACAUCCUGCUGGUAUGUCCGUGCAAGCAUAUAGCAACCUAAAAACAAAAUAUACUGAGUGUACAAAGCUUUCCGUGACAUAAGACUAUCCAGGUGAAGGCUAUGAUCUUUUGAUGUCACCUGUUAAAAACACUUCAGUCAGUGUGGAUGAAGGUGAGGAGACAGGUUGGAUAAUUAUUUUUAAGCCUUGAGACAAUUGAGACAUGGAUUGUGUAUAUAUGCCAUUUAGUAGGUACAAGACAAAGAUUUACAGUGCUGUCAGAAAAUAUUCAUACCCCUUGAAUUGUUCCACAUUUUGUUGUGUUACAGCCUGAAUUAAAAAUGGAUUCAAUUUUUUUUCUUACCCAUCUAUACACAAUAUCCCAAAAUAAAAAAUGUUUUUA